AUGACGUUGUGGAUGAUGGGGUCAUUGAUCACGCUGCAUUUUGCUCUGAUCAUCGGUGCCAUUCUGCUAGCAGGAGACGCUGCUGGAUGCUUCCUUUCUGAUGACAGGAGCUCGAACAUUUCGGUCUCGUCACCAGUUGUUCCUGUUGACAAUGGUACAAUCGGUGAAUCCCAAGAAAAUGGCGGUGAGAAGGUAGUUUACUAUAAAGAUGAAGAUGUACUGAUCUGUCCUCCGUUUUCCUGCCAGGGCAGAUGUCACACGGCGAAUGUCAACUUAACAAUGGCCAGUUGCUUCUGCGACGAAAUCUGCCUAUUUUAUGGGGACUGUUGCUAUGAUGCUGAAGACGUCUGUGGUCUUGAUCGUAUUCGCUUAGGUAACCACAGCUGGUUAACCAAUCAACAACCCCGCUGCUCAAACGUUUUUCAGGAUGAAUACGCCCUGUUGAUUGACCGUUGUCAUGGCAACUGGCCGCCGGACGAGGUGAGAAGACAGUGCGAAGACCAGCGUGAGGACGAGGACGACGUUUUCACGAUUGUCCCCGUCACAUACAAACAACCGCACAUUGCUUUCAAAAGCGUUUACUGCGCUCUAUGCAAUUUCAUUGAAUUAAGCGACUUGUCGUUUUGGGAUUUCAACAUCAGUUGCCUCGAGGAGAGCGAUUUAGACAUGGUAAACCAUAAUAGGUUAACUCUUGGAAAUCUCGCGCAGCUUCAGGAAAUCGAAUGUCACGUGAAACUACGACCACGCGAGAACGAGAUGAUCGGCCACGUGAGAUACUGCAAUCCGAGGUUUGUUAACGCUUGCCGUUCUGACGUGGUCCAAAACAUGUUUGUGGGUUAUGACGUAAAGAGCACCUCGGAUUCCCACAAAUCCGAAUGUUCUCAGUAUUCCGCGUAUGUAGUGAUGGAAAACUCCCUCGGGACCCGGAACGUGAUCAAGAACACUCACUGUGCAAUGUGUGUCAAUAGUGACCUCACUGUGGCCAACCUGAGUUGUCCCCGAAGCAAUGAUCUUCUCCUGGACUUUCAUGUUUCCCUCCGAGGUCUCGGUUUGCCACCAUUUUCCUUGAUCUUGGAUUACAACGGUUAUCAUUGGGUUGUGAAAAGCCGGGAGCAAGUGGCACAGCCGGAAUCUUGUGACAUCAGCUUUUAUUUUCUCAGCGGAUAUUGUCGUGAAGCCAAGUGCAUGGGUGGCUUCCGUCGUGAAGGAGACAUUUGCUCACAGACCCCUCGUGCCGACCAGAGCAUCCUAGUUGAGUUGGUUGUUCAUAGUCAGGAGAGCGUUGUAAGUGUGUUUGAAGAGUUACUCCUUCUUGAGGCCAGUGACCACGGUGUGGCUGUGGAGAAUAUAACAGCCGAGCCGUCCACAGACACUGUCAUUGGUAAGUGUGGAGAACUGAUGACGUUGUCAACCCCAAACGGACACGUGUUGGAUUUCGACGUGAUAGUGUCCCAAAAUGACACUUCAUUAUUUACUCUCAUUCAUUUUGUCGACGAUCUAAUAGAGACGGGAGAGUUGGACCUUGCCAACGUACAAAUCCGCAGUACUGAGAAUAGCGCAUGGAACAGUAGUGUUUGCGAGACAAUGGAGUACUUUACGAUCUCUCAUGGCGAGACCGGAGAGGCUUAUUUAAGGGCUGAAGACGGCGUGUGGUACACGCCUGACCAGGUAUUCUGGGAAGUCACCUGGAUCAGCCGGUGUGAGGACAACCGCCUAAGACCCACAACAAAUAAAACCAUCCAUGGUUGCGUGAAACAGGGCCCGUCUUGUCUCCUGAUCGUUGCCUCCGAAACCGAGAUAGACACCAUCAGCCAGACAAUGCAGCAUUUGCUAAAUUAUACAACUUUUACCGUCAUCGGCAACAAGACAUAUGUUUGCGUGUCGGUACUGAAGCGUCUGUAUGACAGUGACGACAAGCGAAACAGUCAGUUAGUAGAAAAGAUCUUGACGAGUGUGUUUCUACCAAUAUCCAUGCUAGCCCUGAUACUAACAAUCGUCACUCAUGUGGUCAUACCUCGAAUGAAAACUUUGCCGGGCAAAAUCGUUCUCAGUUUGUCCGUCGCCCUGCUGCUUGCUCAGGCGUUUUUCUUGGCCGUGGAAGCGGCAGUAGCCAUUAGUUGGUUAUGCACAGCAAUUGCAAUGAUCGAACAUUACUUUUGGUUGUCCACGUUCACAUGGUCGAAUAUUUUGGCGCUUGAUUUAGAAAUAACCCUCACACAAUCCACCAAAGUGGGUUUGAAUCGGAACAAAGACAGAGCACUAUUUCGAUAUUCCCUCUACGGUUUUGGCACCCCAGCUAUCGUGGUGGCCCCGAUCGCAUUGUUAUCGUUCACUACGUCACUUCCGGUGACGUAUGGAGACAGUUCUGUCUGUUGGCUGCUUUACGAAUACGCUUUGUUGUUGGGAUUGGCUCUUCCAAUAACUUUAGCCGUUGUCAUAAAUUGUUGGCUCCUCUCCCGUGCGAUUUAUUUUGUAUGGAAGGUGGGAAAGUUGGUAAAAACCGCACGAAUUGUUCAAGAUCAAAAGGUGAAAACCUUCCUGUAUAUUAAACUCGUGCUUCUCAUGGGUGUCACGUGGUUGUUUGGAAUCGCGGGUAGUGCCUUGCACAGUCACAUUCUGAUGUACCUCUUUACUAUUUUCAACUCUUGUCAGGGUAUAUAUGUGUUUGUGGCUUUUGUUGCCAAUAAGAGGGUCCUCCGAUUUUUUCUGGAGAAAGUUGCCAGCAUUCACCUUUCUGGCAUCCACUUAUCCAAAACGACCAGUGAUAGCAAGAUAUCGUCCAAUUAAACGUAAGACAGACAAGGGCUGUGAUGUCAAGAUUUCAAGGAAUAUCUUAAAAAGUGCCAUAUACAACUGGCAAUUCAACCUCCCUUUACUAGAUCAACUCAAAAACAAAUUAUUACACUUAUUACAGUAGCCCUUUACAUAUUUUUUCCUGAGUGAAUUUUACAUUCAAAAAACAUUCGUCAUAUAAUACUAUUAAAUAAUUAACGCACGUGACAUUCAGAGGAGACAUUUUGCAUCAAACUGAAAAACGUAUUGAUUUCUGACUGAGGAAGAUGCUCAAUUCUCUUGCGGUUGACCAUGUACGACUUUGUCUGCUUUCCCAUAACCAUUCCCUAACAUGAUUAAGGUCGUUGAAAGUUGGGAAUGUUGAUACAUACAUGUACGCUUACGCACGACACGUGCAUAAUGAAAAGGGUUGCUGCCAAACUAUUGGAUGAUGAAGUAUC